CAUUCCUCGUCUCUCUUCGAGCUGAUGAGCUUUCUUCAAGUUUUUGAAGCUCCUUUAACGUUCGGAGACUCCACCUAUAAUGGUGAUUAUUCACAGUGGCCUAGUUUUAACCCGUACGUGUUCCUCGAGAUUGCAACCACCGUACCUUGUAUUGCGCCGGAGAUUCUCCGGAGGAGCCACGGCUUGCUCUGUUUCUCUGAACGGGAAGAGAAACUCAGAAAAGGAGAAGGUGAUUGUGAUUUCAGGUCCCACCGGCGCAGGGAAAAGCAGACUCGCCCUGGAGCUAGCUAAGUGUCUCAACGGCGAAAUCAUCAGUGCUGACUCCGUUCAGGUCCCAAUGUCACACUUCCAUCUUUUACUUGUGUACAAAGGCCUUGAUGUUGGAUCAGCCAAGCCAUCAGCAACCGAUAGAAAGGAGGUGCCACAUCAUCUGAUCGACAUUUUGCAUCCAUCUCGAGACUACUCUGUGGGGCAAUUCUUCGAAGAUGGGCGUCAAGCUACUAAAGACAUUCUUAGUAGAGGGCGUGUUCCCAUAGUUACAGGUGGCACUGGAUUGUACCUGAGAUGGUUUAUCUAUGGGAAGCCAGACGUGCCUAAACCUUCUCCAGAGAUCGUCUCUGAGGUUUACGAUAUGCUAAUUGAUUUUCAAAACGAGUAUAACUGGGAUGGAGCUGUUGAGUUUGUGGUCAACGCUGGUGAUCAAAAAGCCUCUUCUUUACCUCGUAAUGAUUGGUACAGACUACGGCGUAGCCUUGAGAUACUCAAGUCAACAGGAUCUCCUCCGUCUUCCUUUCCCGUUCCAUACGAUUCUUUUCGAGAAAAUCUGAAUUCUCAUGAUGCCAACAACGACUUUGACGAGAAUAGUUCAUCUGCUGAUAUCUCUGUCCAAAAGAUAGAGACGGAUUUGGACUAUGACUUCCUCUGUUUUUUCCUGUCUAGCCCUCGCGUUGAUCUCUACAGAUCUAUUGAUUUUAGAUGUGAAGACAUGCUUUCAGGUGCUAAUGGAGUGUUGACAGAAGCUAGAUGGCUUCUUGAUCUUGGUCUCCUUCCUAACACAAGCUCUGCAACUCGUGCCAUUGGGUACAGACAGGCAAUGGAAUAUCUAUCGAAAUGUCGUAGACAAGGAGGUGUAAGCUCCCCUGGAGAAUUCUAUUGGUUUUUGAAUAAAUUUCAGCAAGCAUCCAGGAACUUUGCAAAAAGGCAAAUGACAUGGUUUAGGUGUGAGCCUAUGUACCACUGGCUCAAUGCUUCUAGACCUCUGGAUACAAUACUUGAAUUCAUUUAUGAUGCAUAUGAGAAGGAAGGGGAGACGCUGGUGGUGCCAGAUUCUCUCAGGAUGAACAAAGACUUGAGAAACUCUCGAGAAGCUAAUGCACUAAAGGGGUACCGCCCCAGAAACAGGCAUUUCGUAGGACGAGAGGAUUGUUCAUCGGUGUUGGAGUGGAUCAGUAGUGAAGGAUGUAAGAGUGAAGUUUCAUGCGUGGAAGGAACAACAACGUAACCACUUGCAUUAUUAUCAUUCUAUCCAAGAUUAAAGCAAGUGUGUAGCUUUCUGUAAUGAAAUUUUGAGAGACUGUUUUAAUGAACAAUGAAUUUGUGUC